AUGUUCGCCUCUGUGAAGUCCCUCCUUGUCUGCGGCGCCCUCGCCCUCGCGGCUGCCGCGCAGAACAUCAACAUCGCGCUGCCCGAGGCGUUGGUGACCGUGAACCCUGGUGACAACAUCACCGUGCAGGUCAUCAAGCCGGACUCGCUCACAGGCUCGACCGAGGUCGGCAUCGCCAUCUGCCUCAAGUCCUGCACGGGCUACACCGGCGGAUGCGACGCGGUCGACCCCACCGAGGCCCUCGGCUCCGUGCUCCUCACCUCUUCCUGGGCGCCGGUUUACCACCCCGACGAGUGGUACCCGUACCAGAACUUCACCGUCACCGUGCCGACGAGCUUCCAGAGCGGCCAGGCGAUCCUGACCGCGACGCACUUUGCGUUGCUCGGGGCGGGUCCCUACCCGUACACGGACACAGCCAACCAGACGAUCAACGUCGCGUAA